CACAAGCUUGCUUCUCCGUCCCCGAUACACGUUUCACGCCAUCUUGAAAAUACACCCUCAGUUUGUGAAGUCGCUCACGAAUUAAGAUAAAUUCAGAGGCACAGCAGCUUGGUAUUAACUCCUUUAGUGGCCGGAAUGAACGGCUCACGAAACAAAACGGCACCGACGUUUAAGAAGAGUCAGACGGACUCAGACCCCGGCUCAGAGACGACCCACAGAGACAGAAAGACUGGAGGAGGAGGAGGAGGAAUGCUGAAGAAACUGAAGUCGAGGCGCAGUCAGACGGAGAAGUGGCCUGUGGUCACAGAGGAUGAACUCCGGGCUUUGGGAGGAGAUAUUUCCCCGGACCAUGUCCUGGGGCUCCGGGCUGUCACGGAGGACUAUCUUUGCAAACCUGAAGACAACAUCUACAACGUUGACUUUACACGUUUCAAAAUCAGAGAUCUGGAGACGGGAACGGUGCUGUUUGAGAUUGCCAAACCUCCUCAAAGCGGUUCUGUGGAGGGUGAAGAUGACGCUGGAGACGUAGACACCAAUGCAGGGCGCUUUGUGCGAUAUCAGUUUACACCAGCCUUCCUAAAACUGUGUACUGUUGGUGCCACUGUGGAGUUCACGGUAGGCGACCGACCCAUUAACAGCUUUCGUAUGAUUGAGAGGCAUUACUUCCAGGGACGCCUUCUCAAGAACUUUGACUUCGACUUUGGUUUUUGCAUCCCUAACAGCCGCAACACAUGUGAACACAUUUAUGAGUUUCCACAGCUUUCAGACGACCUCAUUCGCCUAAUGGUGGCACACCCUUACGAGACCAGAUCAGACAGUUUCUACUUUGUGGACAACAAACUCAUCAUGCACAAUAAGGCAGACUAUGCCUACGACGGUGGUUUGUAAUACCUGAGAGGAGACAUGUGUGCAAUACUUCCCAGAGGAUUGAUUUCAUGGAUCACAACCACCCAGAAGCUUCUCUUUGGGGACAGAAAGUAUUCCCACAAACGUUACACAUUCUUCAGAUUCAUUGGACCACAUCUGCCUUCAUAUGAAAUCAUGGAUCCAUUCAUCUGUACCUCAUUGGAGCUCAGUUUCUGUGACUCUGAGGAAUUUUCUGUCAAAAAUGUCUCUGUUAAAUCUGACUGAAACUUUUUGGAUCUGUCUUCAGGUUUGUCAUUUGUUUCAUGUUACUGCUUGAACGCUUUUGCCUUAAAUAUCUCUGCUGGAAAGGGAAACUUUGAGUUACAGAUUGAUGAGAAUAUAAGUUACCUUACUUAAGCACAUAGUUUUUUUCUGGUAUUGUUUGAACUACCUUUUGCAACUGACAAUUUCCUGCAUGGAAAAGCGAGCUUAACUAGACAGUUUACAGUAUUGUUAGCCCUAGAUGAUCAUGUAGCACUAGAUGUCAUUGAGUUUCAUCUUUAAUAACUUUAUUAUAUCUGUUGUAGAUCUUUGUGGUUGUUCAUGUCACAUGUAUAAGUUUGUUGUCAACAUAACGUUGGCUGAUCUGGUCUUUUGUAAGACGUCUUUUCAAACAAACAGCUUGAGCUUAUUGACAAUGUCAGGUGUCAUUCCAAUUGAACUUUUUCUUGUUUGUAGUAUUUUGUGCCCUUAUCCUGGAGUCUUUGUUCUUUUGAACUGCAACAUAAACAUGAAACGGACUACAAGAAGCAGAAUUUUAAGUGACUGAUCUUUCCUACACAUGGUUAUUUAAUCCUUGAAGUCUGUCUUCCUGAUUAUUCGUCACAUCAUCACUGUGAAUCUCACUUUUUGGACAGAAUGGUUUACUUAUAAAUGUGCUGGCUAAACUUA